CUUCAACCUAGAAAAAUCAAUGGUGAGAGAUGCUCAUCAUAAAGUCAUAUAUCUCCCCCACGGGAAGAGAGCCACAGGUUCUUCAAAGCUAAAUGACUUGAGAGGCGACUUAACACUUUCAUUCAACUCCUAAAUGACUCAAAUUCAGAAUCUUGUUCUAGUUCCAACCUUGUUCUAAAGCCAUCAUUUGUAAGCUCAAGAAACUUCCAUCCUUUCUACAAUGAGCAAACCCAAAACCCAAAGAAAACCAACCAUUACCAAACAUGUCAGCCAAAACCAAAACCAAGAGCUACAGAAAACAGAAAAACAACCUUCAUGGGUGGUAAGAGGCCUGUUGGCUUGUAGGAAUGUUCAAAUCCAGCAACAUCAGCAGCAGCAGCAGAAGGAAGCAAAACCACCUCCAGAAGCAAAAGAUCAUCAACACAGGAAAAAACAGGAACAGAGAAAGCUGCAAGAGGAAAGAAUCCCGGAAGAUAACAGCAAGAAGUGCAAGAAGAUGAAGUGCUCAGGUUCGCUUUGUAACAACACCAAGAUCACGGCAAAGCCGGACACAUCAACCCCAGAUAUCCACAAGAAAAGGUUGUUUCUAAAUGGAUGCAACAGCAACGAUGCUUCCAGCAGAUCCAUGAAAGCACCUCUUACCGAACACAAUGGACCCGUUUCAGCUUCUUCCUCUUCAUUGUCAGCAUCUUCCAAUUCUUCUGGCGCUGGCUCUUUCAGGGGAAUGCCAUUCAGGAGACUUUCCGGCUGUUAUGAGUGUAGAAUGGUGGUAGACCCGGUUCUAGGCUUCACUAGAGAUCCUUCUCUCAGGAGUAGCAUUUGUUCUUGCCCCGACUGUGGCGAGAUCAUGAAAGCUGAAAGCUUGGAGCAUCACCAGGCAGUCAAACAUGCAGUUUCUGAACUGGGUCCAGAAGACACCAGCAAGAACAUAGUUGAAAUAAUAUUCCACUCCAGCUGGCUGAAGAAGCAAUCUCCAGUGUGCAAAAUAGACCGCAUCCUCAAGGUCCACAACACCCAGAAAACCAUUACCAGAUUCGAAGAAUACAGAGAUUCCAUAAAAGCAAAGGCCACGAAACUCCCCAAGAAACACCCACGUUGCAUAGCAGAUGGCAACGAGCUACUCAGGUUUCACUGCACCUCCUUCGCGUGUUCUCUAGGCCUAAACGGGUCCUCCAACUUGUGCAACUCCGUUCCACAGUGCAACAUUUGCAGCAUAAUCAAGCACGGGUUCAAGGUUACCGGAGGGAGCGGUAUCUUGACAACGGCAACGAGUGGGAAGGCUCACGACAAGGCGUGUGUGGAUGAGAGUGAAGAGAAGAGAGCAAUGCUGGUUUGUCGGGUUAUAGCAGGAAGGGUGAAGAAGAAUGCAGAAGGAGGCAUGGAGGAGUAUGAUUCGGUUGCAGGGGCUGUUGGGGCUUAUUCCAAUUUGGAUGAGUUGGUUGUAUUCAACCCAAGAGCCAUUUUGCCUUGCUUUGUUGUAAUCUAUAGUGGCUUUUGAUGAUAUGUGUUGUUGGAUUGGGGGGUGAGUGAGGUCACAACUUCCUUUCAUAUAUCAGUUCCUUUGCUUUGUUAGCUCUUUUUAAGUUCUAGCAUCAUCUGGUUGAUUAUUUCGUUGGUGCUUUAUGGGGGGAGUAUAGAUCAGUCUCAGAUCAUUUUUGUAUGUGUUGGCUGGUAUCACUGACUCUCCAAUCCAUGGCAGAUUUAAUCAACGACUGUAUAUUACUAUAACAGUUAUAUAUUAACCGCAUGAUAAGCCUUUAUUUUCUGUAC